GUCGGGUUUCCACCGGUGCGAGGCCCGCAGGUGCUGCCCGGCCCCAAAGCAGCCGCGCCCCAUAGCAGCCCGGCCAUAAGGGCAGGUUAUGGGUUUCCACCCCAUCAGUGGGUGCUGAGUCCCGUAUGCAGCGGUCCCACACGUACGGCGCCCUAUAGGUGUGUGCUGUGGGCUCCCCCUGCUGUGGGCUCCCGGUUCUGGGUGCUGUUCGGUCCCGGCAGCUCUGCUCAUUCCGGUCCUGGAGGUGCGGGCUGUGCUGGCAGCACACGGGGAUCCCAUAGGACAGGGGGGGGGUGCUGUGGGUGGGUGCUGUGGGUGCCCCCCCCUCUGACCUUUCCCCCCCCAGAGUUCAAGGAAGCAUUCCAGCUGUUCGACCGCACGGGCGAUGGGAAAAUCCUCUACAGCCAAUGUGGGGAUGUGAUGCGGGCGCUGGGGCAGAACCCCACCAACGCAGAGGUGAUGAAGGUGCUGGGCAACCCCAAGAGCGAUGAGAUGAACCUGAAGACGCUGAACUUCGAGCAGUUCCUGCCCAUGAUGCAAACCAUCGCCAAGAACAAGGACCAGGGCUGCUUUGAGGACUACGUGGAGGGGCUGCGCGUCUUCGACAAGGAGGGCAACGGCACCGUCAUGGGCGCGGAGAUCCGCCACGUCCUCGUCACCCUGGGUGAGCAGCCCCCCCCCCCAACACCCCUCCUGGUCCCCUGGUGGGCGGUCAGCCCCCUCCCCAACUCUCUCUGGUGCCCUGAGUGAGCAGUCAGCCCCCCC